UGGAGACAGGUUUGCAGCAAUGAGUUGUUCUGAAAGCUAAAGCAGCAAUUUUGAGAGAGCUCUUUGCACUGAAUGACAAUAGGACUUACAUGGCAACGAGUCCCAUGUCACCCGGCUACGAUUCCGAGACGUCCAGCGGCAGUCACCUUGGAGGAACUGCUAACAGACAGAUCCAGGUCUUUGGCACUCUGCCUCGGAGGCACAAACAGCUUGCUUUGACUAAAUCAAACCCUUUGGCAACGAGUCCCAUGUCACCCGGCUACGAUUCCGAGAGGUCCAGCGGCAGUCACCUUGGAGGAACUGCUAACAGACAGAUCCAGGUCUUGGGCACUCUGCCACGGAGGCACAAACAGCUUGCUUUGACUAAAUCAAACCCUUUGGCAGAUACUUCAGAUUGUCAAAAAACGAUGAUUGUUAUAAAUAAACAGGAUAAUGAAACUUUUGGAUUUGAGAUUCAGACCCUUGGAGUGAACCAGCGGAAUGUUAAUACGGUAGAGAGGUACACUUGUGUCUGCAAGGUGCAUGAGAACAGUCCGUCUUGCUGUGCAGGGUUGAAGCCUGGUGAUAUACUGAUUAACAUCAAUGGAACAAGCACCGAAGGCUGUUGUCAUCGAGAAAUCGUUAACCUAAUUAAGUCAGCUGGCAAUAUUUUAAGCCUUCUGACUAUGAACAAAAACUCUGUAAAAAGAAGUGAACUUGAAACAAGACUCUACAUUUUAAAGAAAACUCUUCAAGAGAAAUGGGUGGAGUACAAAUCGCUUUUAUUGCAGGAACAACGCCUUGUUCAUGGAUUCCUGAGGAACAAUAAUCUCACAGAGUCUUCCAACUCUUUUCUGUUUGAUGAUACGGUUUUAUUCGGGUCAACGGCACAAAAGAAGGAGAGGUUCUCCAGUGACAGUAGCUGUCGGAGUCAGCUGAGCCUCAUGACUGAUGACAGUGAGGAUCGAGUUUUCCAGCCCGGCAUGCAUGAUGACUUAGUCACUGGGGACCACCGCAGGCGCAGCAGCAUGGACGAAGAUUGCGUCUUCCAUAGGGAGGCAGAGAUGUUUGCGCCCAAGAGCCAGCUGAGUCGGAGCCGGAGCAUCAGCAUGACGAGCAGCAGCAGCAGCAGCAGCAUGGCCUCACCGUCGUGGGACGUCAACGGAGGCUACGGGACGAUUUCUCGCAAGAGCAGGAGGCCCAGCGUCAGGAAGCGCCUCAUGAAGUUCAUUCCAGGUUUAAACAGGGCCGAUGAGGAGGAUGAGAGUCACUUGUAGAUCUGCACAUUAAUCGUGCAACAGCGAUCGUGUUGGCUUCAAAGUAGCAUUAAGAAGCAAUAGGAACGAUGGCAUUAAAUAAGUUCAUAAGUCGUAGGAGCAGAAUUAGUCCAUCAAGUCUGCUCCAUCAUUCAUUCAUGGCUGAUCCAUCUUUCCCUCUCAACCUCAUUCUCCUGCCUUCUCCCCGUAACCAAUGACGCCCUUACUAAUCAAGAACCUAUCAAUCUCCGUUUUAAAAAUACCCAAUGACUUGGCCUCCACAGCCACCUGUAGAAAUGAAUUCCACAGAUCCACCUAAAGAAUAUCAGGCUAAAUAUCAGCCUCCUCAUCUCCUUUCUAAAGUUAUGUGCUUUUAUUCUGAGGCUAUGCCCUCUGGUCCUGGACUCUCCCACUAGUGGAAGCAUCCUCUCCCCAUCCACUCUACCCAAGCUUUUCACUAUUUGGUAAAUUUCAAUUAGGGGUCCCCUCAUCCUUCUAAACUCUAAAUCAUUGCACUAUUUCACAUAGGAUCUAGAUUUCAUCUGGACAUCAAACUAGAUUUUAUCUAAACAUUACGACUCGAAACGUCUUCCAUGAAAUAUAAAUGAUAAGAAACUGCAGAUGCUGAUUAACUAAAAAAGACACAUAGUGCAGGGGGAACUCAGCGGGUCAGGCAGCAUUUCUGGAGAA